UUAUUCUACUUUGGAUCUUCGCAUCUUUGCCUGGUGUCCACGAGGCGCUGCGAGGAAGAAUCGCGAUCGAUGAUUUCUCUUUUCGCGGCGAUCUCCUCUCGAUAGCUCCCGAUAUGGCCGCCGAUGCGGCAAAUCCCUCCUCCCCGGCCGCGCCAAUGCCGAUCCGCGCCGCCGAGAUCCAUCCCCAGCACUGGAUUCCCGACGAGAGGGAUGGAUUUAUUUCGUGGCUGAGGGGCGAAUUCGCGGCCGCCAAUGCGAUUAUCGAUGCGCUUUGCCAGCAUUUGCAGAUGAGCGGCUCGCCCGGGGAGUAUGAUCUGGUUGUGGCUUGCAUCCAGCAGCGGCGAUUCAGCUGGAAUCCCAUUCUCCACAUGCAGCACUACUACUCCGUGGCGGAGGUUCUCAUGGCGCUCCAGCAGGUGACUCUAAAGAAGAUCCAUCACGCUCAAGCCAGCGAGAAGUUGCCAAGCUCUGGCAAAUUCUCGUUUCGAGGAUCGAGCUUCCAGCAAAACAAGGAUCUCCGCGAGCCUGCCAAGGAGGAUUCAUCCAGUAAAGAGGAACUACUCCUCGAAGAUCAAGCUUUGUCAAGAAAGGUGUCCACCUUGUCUGUGGCGGAGGAGGCUGCUAGUAAGUCUUCUCUUUCUGCGGCAAACCUUUCCUCCCCUAAGUUUAUUGUUGGAUUGGAAGACGUUGAAGGCGAACAGGUGAAUGUUCUUGAAGGACUGGAGGUGUAUGAAAAUGUCGCUGAUACUACUGAAUUGCUGGCUGCGGUGACUCAGUCCCACAUCGUGAAAAGUGGCGAAGGACGUAAGCGAUCGCGAUCGAUACAGUUUGGAACGAUACCAUCAGAAAUUAUCGCUGAAGAACAAGAGCAAGAACUGUCUUCCAUGCCAAAGGAGGAAAUUGUAGCAGAAGGUGGCGUUCCCCCGUUUUUGGAUUUUCUUCUCGAGCGCGUGCUCAAGCUACAAGAUAUUCCUCCAGAUAAAAGGCCAACCUCGUGCAGCAUUAGUGUGUUUGAGCCGGAGGAUUUUAUGCUCCUUCGUGCGUAUCAUAGUUUUGACCAACCAGUAUACAUGGUUUCAUUGUCUCGGUCCUUUCUGACUUUCGGUAGAGAUCUGUCCUUGUUGACAUUCAAAAGGAAUCUGGAAAUGAGAAGCGCCGGUAAACUAUUCAAUCUGACACUUGCUCCGGGGUCCCUCUUGGUGCUCCAGAGAAACAGCAAGGAACUAGUUCAGUGCGCGGUUUCUCCCUCCCAGAGCCGGCAAGUGCUGAUAGCUUUUGGAAGGCUGAAACCGCAGGUAGAUUCGUCUAGACCACAGGCUCGUCAAUCGUCAUCCACAAACGCACUGGCCAGGCUAUCUUCAUCUUUUCAGAGCCUCGAGUUUGGACGUGGAAUGUCACUGGGAACAGGGGUGUUUCUACCACCAAACGGGAUCGCGAAUCACACCCUCUCACCGCAAGUUAAUGGAUUCCAACGUAGACAGUCACCAGCUCAGUGAAAGCUUCCAUCACAGGGCUGCUCCAGGAAGCAUGGCGUCGCUGGUUAGUGUUCCUGGUGGUUUUUCCGGUGCAGCGGGAUGGGUUCUCGAUUCUAGAAUCAGGUACUUCGAGCAGGGGGUUCCACUUUUAUCCAGGAAGAGAUACUUUAGCCUCUGCCGACGAGGAAAGGGUGUUACUUAUGGAAGUAGCGUAGUGAUAGUGAGGGCGGACAAGCGAAGCAAUGCGCCAGAAGCCGAAGCGACGGACAAAUGGCUGAAGCUCCUCCCUGACAAGAAGUCGGCUUUGUAUUCUCACAGCCUUCCCUGCAUUGAGGCAUGGCUGAAGAGCUUGGGAUUCUUACAGUCGGCCGAGGAGAGAGCUUCGUGGGUGAUUGAGAGGUCGGAUUGGCACGCGCAAUUGUCUCUGGAGAUCACGGAGCUUCGUAUCAGGUGGCUUGUUGUCUCUUUGUUUUCUCUUUUCUUUUAUUGAUUUGCUUCCUACCUCUUGUUUUGGA